AUGGUGUACUCUCUCAGCUACCGACGCCCAAACCGGGUUUCUGAUGGCUCUUCACUCGCAUCGUCGAACGAGCAAAGAGUAUCCAGCGAAGGAUCACACCACUCUGGGACCUCGGGUUCUAUCAGAGGUAUUCCGGAGGCACUGUCUUUUGAUCGAAUCAUAGCUGGUGGUACCUGUCCACCAUGUACUACUCGAGACUUUAUGAACUAUCUCAAGUACAUUGAACACAGCGCCGAGAACUUACAAUUCUACCUCUGGUACAAGGACUACGUUGAGCGCUUCGAUAAUUUGCCAGCUUCUGAGAAAGCUUUGUCGCCGGAAUGGAGUGCUGCUCAGAUGGAUGCUGAAACUGCUCGUCCGGCUCGUCGCAAGAGGGCUCCUACAGAGAUUGCUACCGUUCUCCAGGGAACUGACUUUGCCGACACAGUGCCUCUGCACGCGGAGAAACGUGAUCCCUUCAAUGAUCCUGCUAGCGACUCACCUGAGAUGAUGAUGAAGGCUCCUGUGUCACCUACUUUUUCCGAGUUUGAUUCGUCUUACACCAGCGAUGAGAGACCUGUUUCUAGCAGAUCAGAUUUCCAUCGCAAGGCUGACGAAGCCCUUGGUGACGCUGGCAUAAAGUGGAAGCCUUUCACUGCACAACCAUUCCGUGAGGAGAUGACACGAAUAAUUACAAUCUUCAUCGCCGUUGAUGGCUCGCGUCAGCUCAACCUCUCAGGUCGUGAACGCAGUGCCGUCCUCCAUGCUCUUCAACACACAACUCAUCCUUCUGCUCUCCGCGCUGCAUUCACUAGCGCCGAAUACUCACUUCGCCGUCAAGCCCAUCCCAACUUUAUCCGUUGGGCCAUCUGUAAUGGCAAUCGCCCUCGUGUCAUCUUCGCCCGUGGACUAGGCAUCUCUCUAAUCCUCCUCGGUAUCCUCGCAGAAAUCCUCAUCACUCUAAGCUCUGCUGGCCGUGCGUGGCGUGUCCUACCCAUCAUCGCUUUAAUGCUAGGUAUAUCGACACUCAUAGCCGCAUGGAAGGGCAUGUGUGUAGUCCUCCACGGAAUGCACCACCGCCAUCUCCGCCCCUGGGAACUCUUCGCCGACCCUGAAGACGAAUCCUCAAAAACCGGCUCUCAAAGUUCAUUGAUCAAUCCUCACACUACGGGUAGCUAUGAAGACGAACCGUGGGUCAGCAAAUACGAAAAGAGAAAUGUUCUUCGCAAGAUUCUCGAUCGUGAAGUUUGGAUCCAGGAGCCGGCUUUGAGACAGAUUCAGGAUACUAUCUUCAUACAGAGUUUGUUGGGUGCGUUUUUGGCUUCUUGUGUUGUUGUUGGUGUUUUUUGUGCUGUGCCUCGUGGCGGGUUCUUCUAA